AUGGAGUGUUCAGAUAUAAUAAGUGAAAUUUUAAAAGUAGGAAUUCAUAACUACUCUUUCGAACAUAAACUUCAAUUAAAAACGAAAAAACCAACACCACGUUUAAGUUUGGAAACGGUUGAUGGGAAAACAAUACGAAAAUUUCAAAUAUCAUGGUACACAAAAUAUGCGUGGUUAGCUGGAAGUAAAAAUCUAGGUAAAUUAUUUUGUUAUUAUUGUUUACUGUUUCGGGGAGAAAAAACAUGGGGAAGUGAUGGUAUUUCAGUUAUGAAAAAUUUUGAUCGUAAAGCAUCAAAACAUGCAAUAAGUAAAACACAUUUAACUUCCCAAGAACAAUUUAUGUUACUUGGGGCAAAUCGAAUUGAACAUGCACUGUCGGAAGGACGUCGUUUGGCUGCAAUUAAACAUAAUGAAAAUGUCGGUGUUAAUCGUCGAAUAUUAACACGUUUAAUACAUGUUAUUUGUUUUUUGGGAAAGCAAGAAAUAGCUUUUCGUGCUCAUAACGAACAUAGUUCUUCUAUAAAUAAAGGAAAUUAUUUAGAACUUUUAGAUUUACUUUCUCGAGAAGAGCAACUUCUCAGAGAACAUUUUAUGUCGAAUUCAGUUUUUAAAGGAACAUCAAGCGAUAUUCAAAACGAUUUAAUUUCCUGUAUUACUAGUGUGUUAAAAACUAAAAUUUCAAACGAAUUACAAAAAGCAAAUUUUAUUUCUAUUCAAGCUGAUGAAACAACAGAUGUAUCGUGUAAAUCUCAAAUGAGCAUUAUAUUUAGAUAUGUAGUCGAUAACAAAAUUGAAGAGAGGUUUAUAGGAUUUUUCGAUGUAUCAAAAGAUAAAUCUGCCUUUGGCCUAUCUGAAAUUUUAUUAACAGAAAUAAAAAAUUGGAAUAUAGGUGAUAAACUAGUGUGUCAAACAUAUGACGGAGCAGCUGUUAUGGCAGGGCAAAAGAAUGGAGUUCAAGCUAUUAUUAAACAGUCGUAUCCAAAAGCAAUGUUCAUACAUUGUUAUGCUCACCAACUUAACCUAGUGUUUCUACACGGAUCAAAAUCGAUAAAAUCUGUGAAAAUAUUUAUAAGUGAUUUGACUAUGUUUCAUACAUUUUUUAGUAGAUCGCCAAAAAGAAGUCAGCUUUUAAGGGAAAAAGGGUUUAAACUUCCUCAAAGUUGUGAAACGAGGUGGAAUUAUCACUCCAGAGCUGCUGCAACUAUUACUACCCAUUUUAUAGAAUUGAAAAAAGCGAUAACUUGUGUUACAGACGAAGACGACUGGGAUCCAAUAACUAUAAAUAUGGCAUAUGAUCAUGUAUUUUUAAUACUACAGACUAAAUGCACUGCUGAUGUUCAAUAUUGUGUCAAACAAAUAAAAAUAUUUUCUGAUCAAUUAAUUGCAAUGAGAAAAGAGGAGACUAUAUCAAUAUGUUACAAUUUACUAGAUGUAUAUCAAGAACUUUCAAAAUUAUUACAAUUAGUAUUAUGCAUCCCUGUAACAACUUCUUCUAGUGAGAGGAAUAUGAGUGCUUUGAAACGUAUUAAAACGUUUUUAAGAAAUUCUAUGAACAAUGACCGAUUGUCAAAUUUGUCAUCACUGGCCAUUGAAAAACAAAUGUUGAACGAGUUAUCCACAGAUCCUACAUUUAUUGAUGAAUUAGUGCUAUGA